AUGGCGGUAUCUGGCCUGGGAGUUGUGUGCAGGAGCGAACUCCACCUGUGCCCCGGCCUGGUCUACUGCGUUCGCCGGGUUCGCAGUUUCCACACGCCGCCGCUUUUAUUCUCCAGUUUGUCUGUACUCAUCUCCUCCAAGAGGUACAGACGCCGGGCUCCUAAUUUCCCGCUGGGGAAUUCUCGGCAGUUUCGCCGCCACAGUUCAGCAGCGGCUGUUGAAGUCCUAGCCGAGCCGGAGGAGAUAGCAGCGAGCGGACGCCGUGAUAAUGCUUCAGUCUCUUCGUCUCGUUCUAGCGGAAGAGGUGGACGAAACGUCAUUUUCUUCAUCUUUUUGCCUUGCUGAGUUUUGUAAGAGGAUUCAAUUCGCCAAUAAUUAGGCCCUCGAUAAAGAAGCCUGACGAGCACGAUUGCCUGAUUUCGGCUGCUUUAAUGCCUUUCGUUUGAACUUCUUGCAGUUUCCGAGUCCCGUGGUUGUCCGGAAUGGAGAAAGUUAAGCUCGAAAGAACUGGGCAUCAAGACUUCGAUGAUUACAAAGGCGACGAAAUCUGUGAUGAACGUCCUUCGGAAGAAAGGUAUUUCCUUCUUCUAACACUUGGCUCACCAUCUUUUUGGCUGCUGUCACCGAGUCACGGCAUUCAUGGAGCAUACUAGUUCAAGCUUUUUUUUUUUCCCUGUCCAGGUCACGAAGUAUACUUAGUCGGAGGCUGUGUCCGGGAUCUUAUACUAAAGAAAACACCGAAAGAUUUUGAUGUCAUAACCACCGCCGAUCUUAAAGAGGUUCGCUCCUCCCUGGUUUUUCUAUGAAUUUUCUUGGGCAAUUCAUUACUCCGGUGGAAUGUAGCAUUUUACAGGAUGCUCUCUUUUCUCGGGAAACUUUUUGUGUUUAUUGGAAUCAUUUGUGGAAAUGGAAUUCAUCCUGGAUCAACAAUGCAACAAAAAUUGGCGUUUAUCAUUUCUUGGCAGCGACCUUAGAAAUCGCCACUGAACCUUGAAGGGCAUACAAUGAGUGUUCUUCCGAUAGGAUCCAAUCAUUUGAUUCUGUUUGGCCGUAGAUCACUUCUAAAUGAUCAAAUCUCUGAUUUUGGAAAAAAAAAAAUCUGCCUGAACUGUUUUUUAUGCAUCACAAAUUUAAAUGUUGGUGGGAAGGGUGUUGAACUGGCAAGAAUCAAAAUUAUCGUGUUCCAUCUUUUAGAGAAAAUGUGAGGAACUUAAGGGCAAUUGGCUAUCCGGUUCACACAUUGAUCGGCUCGUUGUUCAUCUAUCUGACUGGGCAUUUUCUGUCAGAUUUCAAGUUGGCGCUUGCAUCUGUGGCUAUACCAUUUCAGAACGAAAUGAUCUUUAUCUGGAAUAAUUUCCCUUCACUGGAAAAUAUUCUGAGCAGGGGCUAGAUAGGCUUGAUUUGUUACUGAUUAACACAUACAAAUGUAUUUAGUCUACACUGAUUAACCCAUUACGGGAACUAUACACAUUCGCCCUCCGUGACCAUUCAUGGUCAUUCAAGCCUCGCAAAAGAGAGCAUGGAAUCUGCCUAACACCCUGAGCUCCCCUAUCUUCUGUCUCUGAGGACCCUGUUUGUUGGAACAUAUAUGGUGAUAUGCUAACUGGAACUGAAUCAACCUGACCCCAGGCAAAGGCCAAAUCAGCCGUGGCUGAGCCCUAAGGCAGCAUCUUUUGUUAGAGUUGGAGGAGCAUGAGAAAUAUGCGAACGAGUUUUCUGAUGAUUAGUUCUAUCUCUUACAUCUUUGGUGAAUUUUAGACAAGAAUCUGAAAUGGGUUAUCGAUCUUUUAACAUUAGAUUCUUCUAUGUAAGACUACUCUAGCACCUUAAAGGCACAAGGUCUUGUGCCACAGUAUGAAACAUGCACCUGCAAAUAGGAAGCUGGAGUAGAAGAAUAAGAGGAAAGGCCAUCAUAUCUUGGAUAUAAUUUGGGUUCUGGACACAUUGCCAAGCCUUCAGAAGCUGCUCGUAGUUGAGAACUUUGAUUACAUAACGCUGAGAACUCAGUGGUUGAGGGGGUGUGACAAUAAUAAUCAUUGGCAUCCACAACAACAAACUCAACCGAGUUAGCAAAGUGCAGCAGUAGUUUGAUCCCAAUUUUUUUUGCUAGGAUGGAUUGGAUAAGAUGACCUAACCUAGAGACCAACCGUAGAGCCAAUAGAAGGUUUAACUCAAUGCUUCAUUUGCUAGUGCAAAGAAGAAACCUCGUAGCACCUAUUGGGUUCUUUUUCGUUUCCUAUCUAGAAAUUGGUAGGAUUAGAGGGAUAUAGAGAGUAAAUUGUUUGCUUUUGACAAAAGCCCCUAUCAACUGAAGCGUUAAUAUGGGAACUAAAUUGUUAUAGCCUUAUGGUUGCAGUCUGCCCAAGUUAAAGUAAUAUGCAUAGUGGGGCAUACCAUGUGAUUCAGCGCUGAGUCAAACACUGUCAACUGAAUUAUUUUACACACAGAAAUUCUGAUUGUUGAAUUAGCCUGACUUUUGGUUCCCUGAUUCACAGUGCAUAGUAAUUGCCUUUUUUUGCCACAUUCUCCAGAUUUUUAUGAAAAUGGUCUUAUAAUUAUUACUUGAACAAAUGUGCGCAGGUAUUGAGAGCAUUUUCUCGGUGUGAAAUUGUUGGAAAACGAUUUCCCAUUUGCCAUGUCCAUGUCAAUGAUUCCAUCGUGGAGGUUUGUGUUCCUUUCAUCUUCUUUCUAGAUUGGCUUAGGCUUUCUACUGCUGUGGAUAUUUCAAUUAUGAGAACUCUUCGGUGUUCAGUUAGAUUAUUGGUCCCUUGUCUUUGUUCUCUCAUGUGGUGUUUGUUAACUAGGAUUUCUAUGUAUGUGUGAAAUAGGUUUCAAGCUUCAGCACCUCCGCAAGGAAAUCCUACAGGAGUCCGACAAUUCUCAGAAAACCCCCUGACUGCAGUGACCGCGAUUAUGUUCGCUGGAGAAAUUGUUUGGCACGUGACUUCACGAUUAACGGGUUGCUAAUUGAUCUUUUCUCUUGCACGUUUGAAUAUUCUGCCAUUUUGUUUGAAGUUAUUGCGUUAGAUUCUAAUGUCCUGAAAUUCGAAUAAAGCAUUCUUCAUUAUCCAGAUAAUAAAAAAUGAUUUAAAAGGAUAUAAUUGAUGAAUGUGUUAAUGGCUGUUGCUCAUGUUGCUGCACUUUUUCCUUUUAUUCGGGAAAGAUAGAAAACUCAAUGCAGUGGCAGCAGCUUGGCUUCCAGCCUGUAGUUUUGGAAGGAUACUGUACUUUAGGCAAGAAAGAUCCAACUGCAUGAUUUUUCUGGGAGGAACUACAUAUUCAAUCAAUUAUAUUAUAUAUUUGGCAUUUUCUCCAGUCUAAGUUAAUAUUUUCUUUUGUGCAGGUUAAUGUAUGAUCCCUACUCAAAUAUAGUUUAUGACUACACUGGCGGCAUGGAAGAUAUUAAAAAGGCUAAAGUGUGCAUGUAUCUCUUAAAUAGGUCUUGUUUUCAAAUCUCUGCUUCACACCAGCAAUGCUAAUUUCUGCUGGUUUCCUACAGGUUCGGACUGUCAUCCCUGCAGAUACAUCUUUCACAGAGGAUUGUGGUGAGUAUCAAUGCAUCAUCUUGUCCUUUCAAGCAUAUUUUCUUUACUAGGGACGAUAUACCACAGAAAGCUGUCUUCAUUGCGAGGAUUCUUGUUCAAUUAAGGCAAAUGCUAUUUUGAUACAGCUCGAAUUCUACGCGCCGUCAGAAUUGCAGCUCGUUUAGGCUUUCGUUUUACCAGGGAAACAGCACACUCUCUGAAGGAUUAUUCUUUCUCUGUGCUGAGACUUGACAAGGUGCUGUGUUUGUUUUGCUCAGGUUUAUGUAAUACUUUUGUGUUGUGCUCUCGUACUGAAUUUGUUACUCUUUUUUUGCAUGCUUCAGGGAAGACUCCUGAUGGAAAUGAAUUACAUGCUUGCAUAUGGAUCCGCAGAAGCUUCGUUGCGGCUACUGUGGAAAUUUGGGCUUUUGGAGGUUCUUUUACCCAUCCAGGUGCAGGCCCAACCUCGCAGUGCCCAUGUCAUUGCCUUUUCCUGUAAUCCGUUUAUGCGUCUGAAACAUCUUUCAGAUUACUGUGAUGUGAUUGCAUUGCACAGGCUGCAUACUUUGUCUCACGAGGAUUUCGAAGACGUGACAAACGAUCAAAUAUGUUACUGGUAUGUGUUACGAUCUUCCUUGCUAGCUAGCUAUAUAGACUUCAAUGCCAAACACACCUGCUCCGUUUUUUCUGACACUCAGUUAGUCUGUGGCACCAUUCCUUUCUUCACGUGAAUCCAAGUAGCUACAUAUUGUAUUUUGUUUUUGAUCUUGGAGAAAAUAUUUUUUAAGCUGCGGUUUUCGCCCCCAUUGGAUUUUCCGAAUUUAUAUGGGCUGCACUAUUUGCACUAUUUAUAUAUUUCUCCUUGGGCAACAUUGGUGUGUCUAUUUCAUCACCCGUCAUUUAUGCUUAAGAGGUAAGCUAGGAAGGAGCUAAUCCAUAAUUCUUAAUGUGAUCCAUGCGGUAUUAAUCCGACAACGAUUGGAUCUGAGUUUCUGCAAGCAUUGUAACCUUAGUUUGAAUGUCUUCCAUCAGUCGCUGACGAGCUGCAAUUCUUGACAUCCUGCUUUGAAAAGACAUAAUGAUCCUACUGAUUAAUUUAUUUAUUUUUUUAAUGUUUUCGCAGGUUUUGUUCUCCAAUUUAGACCAUCUGCUUGCACCCGAUAGACCAUGCCAUAGUAGCCUGUGGUAAGUGCAGCGGUGCACUAUUAGUUUUGUUUGAAGACUGCUGACGAGUUUCUGCUGUGUACACGAUGGUUCUGAUGGUGAAGAAGUCACCGUUGGUAGACCUGUGAUCCCCACUGCCAUAUCCUGUUCAUUUGCCUCUGGUUUUGUCGUACAUACAGAUGUAGAGAUUAUUGCGGAAUGUGUAGCAGAACCCAAUAUUAAAUGAAAAAUAGUGAUUCAUGAUUAGCUAGCGCCACUAACACUCAGGAAACCAGCUGGAGAAAAAUCACAAGGCCUCUCUGUGUUGUGUGGUGUUCGGCAGCUCAAAGCACUACAAAGUUGUGGAUUUCGUGUCGAACACAUGGUAGGAUACUGAAAGAUAGAACUAAAAAAUUGAUAAGAAUGGUAGAAAGCUCUGUUGCGCCGACCAACCUGGAACUUGGAGAGGAACUACCGUAUUGACUUGGCCAUAUAGCUCAUGCACCAGUUUUGGUACCUAUCAUCAAGAGAGAAACUUGCAUUCUUGCAGUCAGAACAUGAAAGAAAUUGAGAACUUGAGAAAUCUUCUGGAGCUGCCGAAGAUGGAAGAUCUGGCUCCUUACAGUAUCCGGUGGGGUAGGAUUGUGAUUAACAUCGAUGUGAACCAGAUUGACCCUUCAUUUCCCCUUCUCAGAAUCUCUCUAUGUUUUUUCAAUCUUUUCCUUUGUGUUCUUUAUAAAGAAAUCCCCUUUCGUUGGUGAAUGCACACAAUUGUUUGGAAAAAAGGCCUCGAGACCAGUGCUAGCCAACUGUUGUUCUUUAAUGAGAAGCUGAGGUCGUCUUUGAUUGUAAAACGCUGUCGAUUCGAAGCAGCUGUGAUCAUAUCCAAUGCUAUCUUUCUUUUUGAAGAACUUUCCGUGUCAAACAGUUUAAUUCUGGCUUUGCAGGGUCGCCAUGUUAGCAUUCCAUCAGGCUCUGGUGGAUGAGCCUCGAGAUCCUUUGGUAAUCGCCACAUUCUCCCUCGCCCUCCACAAUGGAGGGGACUUAUCAGAAGCUGUAAAGAUAGCGAGGAGGAUCAGACAUUGCCAUGAUCCAACCUUCUCUGAGCUCCUGGAACCCCGAGAAAUGGACGCCGACGAGCUGGAGGGCGAGGUUCUGGAUCUGUUGUCGUCUGUGAAAUCUGCCCUGAGUCUGAUGACAGAUGAGAACCACGUUGCACAAGCCAUGGCUAAGUACCCUCAGGCCCCAUACUCUGAUCUGGUGAAUUCUCCUUCCUCGCCUCUCACUCUGGUUAUCAUCGGGUUUUUUUUUUUUCCUUUUUCCGUUGACAUAAUUACUUUCGUGGCCGAUAAAAAUGGAGCUCCUUGGCCAAAAAUCAGAAAUUAAUUUCGCAUUAAAGUUCUAAUUUUUCUCGGGUUGCAGGUGCUAAUCUCACUGGCGCUGUACCUGAAUGUGUGCAAGAUCUUCCAGUGUGUGGGAGAUCCUGUCAGGCAGAGAGGCUUCGCGCCCAGACAGAGUAAGAUUAACUACGAUAACCUAGCCCAAGGCAGCUUGACAGAGCUUCGCCACGUGCUUGCAAGGGUCGUCUUCGACACUGUUUAUCCUCUGAACCUGGAUCAGCCGAGCUCCGGUGAUGGUGAGAAAGGGGGACAAGAGUGA